AUGCAAAAAUUCUACCUAUCCACGUAUGCGAAGCCCAGCCUGGGUGGACUCGCAACCGGGAGUGCCACUCAUGGCUACGGCCACUGGAUGCCUGAGGACGUCAGGCUUCGCCGAGCCUGGCUAUCUCACCUUCUGGACAAGGCGAAGCCAGAAAUUCCCCGGAAGUUGAGAGAUGGCCAGGAGAACCCUGUCGACGCAUUGAGGAACCUAAUUGAAAACAAUUCAACCCUCUAUAUGCUUGCCCAUUCCAUGUUUGACGAGGUCCCUGAAAAGGCCCCAUACGAUAGGGACCCAACCACACUCAAGAAACAAGUUCGAAACUACAAAACCAUGUUAUAUCUCUUCAAUACCCUUUUGACUGAAGUGCCAGAGUACUUUUUGGUAAACGACCCCGACGUACCCAGCGGUCUUAUUGGGUUCCCAUUCAACGUCAUCGUUGACUGGCCGAUGGGGACGGAGAGUGGUCGUCAAUUCUUCCUUGAUCCCAGAGUAAAUGAGUCUCUGAAAGCGAUCUUGAAUAAAUGGAAUGAGUUCCUCAGCAAUCCCAAGGGAAGGACCGGGCAGGAGGGUGGUGGCAACCAAGCACUGAUCGAUGCUGGUUGGAGCUCAGACAUAGCAGUCCAACAGUUGGAGAAGAAGGCAAAUGACGCUACCCCCGGUAGUAAGAAGAAGUUUACAGAACUAUUCGAACACCCCGCGGGCGGCACGCAGGAAAACUUCUUCAACUACCCUCAUUGGGACGCAUUCUUUACGCGCAAGUUUAAGGCCGGUGUUCGUCCUGUAGGAGACGGGGCGCUUGUCAAUGCUUGCGAAUCAUUCCCUCUUUCGUUUGACACCGACGUCUCGGGCCGCACUACCUUCUGGCUUAAGGGCAUGCCAUAUUCGCUGCAUGAUAUGCUAGGAGCCACGCAGGAUGAUACAGUCAGCCAGUAUGUUGACAAAUUUGUCGGCGGUACUGUGUAUCAGGCCUUCCUGAGUGCAGACUCCUACCACUGCUGGAAUGCUCCUGUCAACGGCACGGUUGUAUACCGAUCCCUUAUCGAUGGAACAUACUUUGCCGAAACAGCUGCUUCAGGAUUCGGAGGCUCGAGUGGACCUGAUCCAGCUGGCCCAGAUAUGUCGCAACGUUAUAUCACCCACAUAGCAGCACGGGGUGUUCUUAUUGUUGACACAAAUGUCCCAAAUGGCUCACAGAUUGGGUUGGUGGGCUUCGUACCGGUUGGGAUGUCUGAGGUAUCCACCUGCCAGUGGGAGGAUAGCACUGCUGAAGGGUGCACGAUUACAAAGGGAGAUGUCAUUGGGGCAUUCCAUAGUGGUGGAUCAACCCACUGCCUUAUCUUUGAGCGUGAAUAUGCAAGGCGUCUGAAUUUCAACCCCAAGGCACAAUACCCGGAGAUUGCAACCGCGAACCUGGCUGUUAAUAGCACACUGGCUACUCUCUAG